UUUUGGGUCACGUGGGUUUGUUUACCCGGAAGUAGAGCCUCCGUUAGACGAGUUGGGCUCAGUACCUGAUUUUUUAGCUUUUAGUGAAGUAUAAUAUAAGUUUUCUACAUAUAAGCUGAGCGGGUUAAAGCCCAACAACGAUGCGGUCGUUGAACUUUGUUCACCGGGUCAGUUUGGACUUUACAGGAACCAUGUUUCCUCACGCCAUCUGCCUGGGCGACGCAGACAACGACUCACUAAACGAGCUAAUUGUUGGAGAUACAAGUGGAAAGCUACUUGUUUACAAGAAUGAUGAAUCCAAACCUAGGAUCACAAGAACCUGUGUGGGAAUGCUAACUUGUGUUGCAGUUGGAGAUGUCUGCAACAAGGGAAAGAAUCUUGUCGUCGCUGUGGGAGCAGAAGGAUGGUUUCACCUCUUUGAUCUGACUGCUGCCAGUUCCAGUAAAUUAGACUCCUCCAGCCAGCAUGAAUCCCUGUCUCAUGAUGAUCAGAGGCCCUUCUUCACCCAACACAUUCCUGCAAACACUAAAGUCAUCCUCAUUAGUGAUAUUGAUGGAGAUGGCCGCUGUGAGUUGGUGGUGGGAUACACAGACCGAGUAGUCAGAGCGUUCCGCUGGGAGGAGCCGUCCGACGGCUCGGAUGGAGGAUUCGGUCAGCUGGUUCUCCUAAAGAAAUGGCUCCUAGAGGGACAGGUGGACAGUCUGUCAGUGAACCCGGGUCCUGAGGGUUUACCGGAGCUCAUGGUGUCCCAGCCGGGCUGCGGAUACGCCAUCCUGCUCUGCACCUGGACCCAGCAGGACUCCACCGAGUCUGAGGAUGACGACCCCGCCACGCCCGGCAGUGAGGGACCUUCCAGAGAUGUAGUUCUCCACCUGACCAGCGGGCGGAUACACAACAAGAAUGUUUCCACUCAUCUUAUUGGCAGCAUAAGCAAAGGUUCAAAAGAGGAAUCCUCUAAACGUGGACUGUUUGCACUUUGCACGUUAGACGGAACCCUGAAGCUGAUGGACAGCUCAGAGCAGCUCUUGUGGUCGGUUCAGGUCGAUCAUCAGCUCUUUGCUCUGCAGAAACUCGAUGUCACUGGAGACGGUAGAGAGGAGGUUGUGGCCUGUGCCUGGGAUGGUCAGACCUACAUUAUUGAUCACAACAGGACCGUGGUGCGCUUCCAGUUUGACGAGAACGUCAAUGCUUUCUGUGCAGGUCAGUACACGUGUAAGGAUGGUAAAAAUAGCCCCUGUCUGGUCUACGUCAGUUUCAACCAGAAAAUCUACAUCUACUGGAACGUGGAGCUGGAGAGGAUGGAGUCCACCAACCUGUUGCGAGUUCUUGAGGAGAGACCUGAAUUUAAAAGCCAGCUAAAGGCUCUUGGAGUCGAUCUGGAAGAUUCGGCUGCAGUCAGAGAUCUGGUGGCAAAUGUUCUCUACCAGGAUGCACAGACGUAGCAUAGCGACACAUUUUCUCUGUAUUCUCUUCUCAAUGUAAAAAAAUAUUGUAAUAAAGAGUGUUUCUCUUGCU